AAAGGCUUGUGUCCACAAUCACCACAAUGCUAGAAAUCGGUCCGAGGCGAUUCGAGAUCUCGAACCGAUUUCUAACAUCGUGGACACAAAGCUUAAGCUUCAUAGUUCUUAGCAAACAUAAGUAAACAUCAUGGUGUCUGUUCUUUGUGGCUGAACUGGGCUAAACUGAGCUGAACUGGGCUGAAUUAAUGCACUUUUGGAACUUAAAGUGAGACAGAAAAUGUCUUGGCUCUUUGGCAAAAAGAAGCACAAGGAUUCACCUCCUGAAAGGGAUGAGCAAGAGGAACGACCUUCCACAGAUCUAGGGGAUGAAUUUAUAAUAAUUGAAAAAAGAAGGACCUCCUUGCCACCUAAUGUUGGUGACCACAAUACUCCUUAUCCUAAUAGAUUGUACCCAUUUAUCGAUGGAACUGCAAUGAACCCUACAAUAUCAGCUGGUAAUUUACCAAAACUGACUCAACAACUUGAUGCUUCACAUUAUCUAAGUGAUGUACCAUUUAAGUUAUGCAAACAGUUACAAAGUAACAUGAAUAGUGAUUUGGAGAUAGACAGUCUACGAAUUAGCGAAAUAAUGUCUUUCAUUGAAAGAUUAGAGAAUCAGAAUUACAAUUAUGAUUUCUCUCUUGAAACUGGAGUUAUUACAGAAAUGGAUAGCAGAACUACCGACUGACUCGAAACUCUUUCGAAUCUUAUUUUUACAUACGUAAUGAGAAUGUAAAUUCUACAAAUCAAACUUAUAGCCCAUAGAUUUGCACUGACUUGGGUUAAUGAUUGCAUGCUCUUCUAUUGGUAGAAUAUGUCAACCAAUAAUAGAGCAUUAUACCAUCGAAUCCAGGUAUAAACAAACCUGCUCUGGUCGAAAACGCUAUUAGAUGUAUACGUAUGUAUCUCAAUUAUAUACACAUGCAAUAACAUUUUAAAACAAAUAUCGCGUAGUAUAAUAAUGCUAUAGUAUAGUGGUGUGCAACUUGUGGCCUACUUGUGGUCCUCUGAUUCACAGCUAAAAAUAUAAAAUCAUAUUUUCUAUUUUAUGCAAACGAAAUAAACACGUUCUGAAACUGGCACUCUGAAAAUAUAGCAGUUAAAUUUGAUCUUUCUAUUCUACACAGGCCAUUUUUUUGAAAACGUUCCUAUCUUUCAUAUAAGAACAAAUAGAAACGUAACCUUUUAAAUAGUUACAAAAAUAAUUAAUACACAAAUAUUUAAUUUUUAAGAAGAAAAUUAGU